AUGCCACCGAACAGCACCGACGCCAAAAAUGCCGACGAGAUCCAAGUUGCAUUUUCCCACGAAGAGCUACACUCCGAUGACAGCUUAUCCCCGAGACUACUUUCUAAAUUGAAAUGGAAGCUGGACCUUUUUAUUCUACCUAUCAUAUCGAUUGUUUACUUCUUUGCACAAAUGGGUAGAUCAGAUCUCGCCAACGCCAAAGUUGCAGGCCUCUCAGAUGAGCUGAAACUUUCUCCUCGAGACUAUUCGGAUGCGGCAACCGUACUACUCGUGGCCUAUAUCGUUUUCCAGCUACCGGGCACGCUCUUGAUCAAACAGAUUGGGUCAGCGAGACAGUUUUCAGGGGCCAUGAUCAUCUGGGGUGCAAUCACUGCGUCUACAGUCGCCAUUCACAACAAAGGCGAGCUCUUUGCCUUGCGCUUUCUUAUCGGAGCAGCUGAGGCAUUCGUCCAAGGCGGAGUAUUCUAUUUGUCUUUUUGGUAUCAGUAUGACGAGCUUGCCACGCGUGGAGCUAUCUUCUAUUCCAUGAGCACGUUGGCGGGUGCCUUCAACGGUUUGAUAGCGUACGGUAUCGAGAAGGAUAUGGAUGGGAUUCGGGGCUGGAGAGCUUGGCGUUGGAUAUUUCUAAUUGAAGGACUUAUGCCUUGCGUGGCGGCAUUCUUCGUGUUAUUUCUACUUCCCAACAGCCCAGAAACCCUACGAUUCGGCUUUACGGCGGAGGAAAAAGCGUUGGUAGUACGACGCAGCCGUCGCGCGCAUAACACCUCUGAGGCGAGACUUGAACUAAAGAAGAUUCCAUUGGUGCUACUCAAAAAUGAUAAAGCCAGAUUUGGCGCAACCUGCUUUGUGGCAUUCUCAGUGUACCCGAGUGUUGUUCUCCAGCUUUCCUGGGCGGCCAUGAGCUUUGUCGGCUACACACGAAGGGGCUCUUCAUUAGCCUUUACCAACAUAUUCUCCCAAAUUUUCGCAAUCUGCGGAACACAGGCCUACAGCGACCCGCCAUACUAUCGGAAAGGAAACGCGUCAGCCCUCGGACUGUCAUGCGUUUCCCUUGUGCUUUCAUUGGGUCUACGAUGGUAUUUCAGCGCUGUCAAUAAGAAAAAGGCUACUGAGCAGUUUUCGGAGUACGCUUGCUCUCAGCGACGAAAGGGCCUAGAAGAGCUGGGAGACAAGCAUCCGGACUUCUUCUAUACAACAUAG